AUGGCAAUAGCAUACACUCAGGAUGAAUUUGAUAGUCUAAUGAAAAAGGUGGAGAAGGUAGAUAUUCGGGUGAAAGAAUACUUGAAAUUAGCUGAAUACGAAAACAAUCGGAAAGAAGCUUCAAACACGUACACAAUGCUUGGAAAAAAAUACCAUGAGAUGCUUACUUUGAAAGAGGCAAUGCCUACACGUAUGACUGUUGUACCAUCGACUGAACACUUGCAUAUGGUGAACGAUGAAGGAAGGCAUUACACAGUUUGCCUCCUAGAGAAAGAGUGCAGUUGUGGGCGGUUCCAAGUUGACGAAUUACUAUGCACACGUGCUUGGGCUGUCUUGAAGAGCAAGUUUCUAAUGCUAGAAGAUUACUGCUCGGACUAUUACAAACCAAAGUCUGUUAUAAUGACAUACGAGGUGCCCGUGUAUCCGCUGCCUGACCGAAAUGAAUGGAAUAUACCAGUACAUAUAUCAGAGAAAGUUGUCUUACCACCCAAAUAG